AUGUGUUCUGAUAAAUGUGAGGUUGGCAUGGAAACCAGCUUUGGGAUUCGCUGGAAAUCGCUAAUAAGAUCAAUUCUUUCCAUUUUGGGCAACUUGCUGGUUCUUGUAUUGGCGUACAAGCGGUCGAACCAAAUGAAACCUCCAGAGCUCCUAAGUGUGAAUCUCGCCGUGACAGAUCUGGGAGCAGCCGUCACCAUGUACCCUCUGGCUGUAGCCUCAGCGUGGAAUCACCACUGGAUUGGAGGAGACGUCACCUGUGUCUACUAUGGCCUGAUGGGAUUCUUCUUUGGAGCAGCAAGCAUGAUGACCUUGACAAUUAUGGCUAUAGUUCGCUUCAUUGUGUCUUUGACGCUCCAAUCACCCAAGGAAAAAAUUAGCAAAAGAAAUGCAAAGAUCCUUGUGGCAACCACAUGGCUGUAUGGUCUGCUGUGGGCUCUGUUUCCUCUUGUUGGCUGGGGUAAAUAUGGCCCGGAGCCCUUCGGCCUAUCCUGUACGCUGGCCUGGACAGACAUGAAGGAACACAGCCAGUCGUUUGUCAUCACCAUCUUCCUCAUGAACCUGGUCAUCCCAGCCAUCAUCAUCAUCUCGUGCUACUCUGGCAUCGCUCUGAAACUAUAUAUCACCUACAAGUCUAUGGAUGACAGCAAUCGCAUACCCAACAUGAUAAGAAUGCAGCGUCGGCUCACGAUCAUCGCUGUGUUGAUCAGUCUCGGGUUUAUCGGCUCUUGGGCACCAUAUGGAAUCGUCAGCCUGUGGUCCAUCUACCGCUCUGGUGAUUCAAUCCCCCCUGAGGUCAGCAUGCUACCCUGCCUGUUUGCAAAGUCUUCCACUGUAUAUAACCCCUUCAUCUACUACGUCUUCAGUAAGACCUUCAAACGAGAGGUAAACCAGUUGGGUCACCUGUGUGGCAGAUCCAACCUGUGCCAUACCUCUGAUCCCAAAAACGUCCCGGAGAAUACCAUCUACCUCGUAUGUGAUGCAAACAAGACCAAACAGGGAGGAGAGGACCAAUCAUUUGAAAAAAGCAGAGAGGCUGAGACUCAAUUAAUGGCGUAUGAAUAG